CUCUUGUGUUAUACAAACAUUAGUUUUUUCACCAAAUCUAAGACUUCCUCUGCUAUCAGGAUGAUGAUUUUGUGGGUCGCGGGUAUGCUUUUGGUCACACUUUGUGCCGCUCAGAGCAAUAUAUUUCCCCAGGCUACAGUGGGUGGCGGCGCAUUUAUCCAACUACCACGAGUACCAUCCUCUGGAGCUUCUGUUAGCUCGUCGGCUGGACCGUCUGGAGCUAGUGCAUCCGCUCAAGUCAACACGCCUGCACCAUACCCUGCUUGCCUAGCAUCCAAUCCAGAUGACGCCGUCAGAAGUUCAUCUCCAUUUGCCUAUGCCCUGCUUGAAGGCUCUUUCACAAAUCCAUCUUUGAGAGGAUUCUACAACACUUCAUUUGACACGUCUUUAAUCUACGGCGCCAUCUACGAUGAAGUUAAAGAAAAUUUGUCUAAGGAUAGAAGUCGCAGGCUAGCAGGAGCUCUUUCCUUCAUUUUCCAAGCAGGACUUCCUAGAAUCACACCCAUACAAAAUGCUGUCUCCAUCACAAAUGCAAUCAGUGAAAUUCAAGGGGAAGAAGCUAUCGUCAUAACCGAUGACAAGGAAGAAUACAUCGAGCCAUACUUGACAAACGUCAGUAAAGGAGUAUCGGCAGCAGAUGGAAGUUCACAAUCUCAAGCCCGUGCUGUAAUUAGUGGUCUGUUCGGAUAUUUGGACUCCAUCAAUGCUCUAACAUACUCCAAGUUAUUAGAGUUUAUUUCCAUCUUAGCCGGUGAACAUCGCCUGGCGGUAUAUUCCACUUGCAAACCAUCAAGUUUUGAAGCUAUACCAAAACCUUAAUCAAAUGAAAUAAUUAUUAAUUUAUAAAAGUUUUUUUUCUUGAAAAA